ACUAGCUUUUGGUGUUACUCUUGUGCUCUCAUUUGCCUUGUUUAACUGCACUUACUUUGCACAACUUAAAAGCUCUUUCUCAUUAUCUGAUACACCACUAUAGUCCUCACAUUCAUUAUUUCUCCUACUCUACUCUUUUCUUUUUUUCUCUACUUUGUGAACUUCUACUUCCCAAAUUAGACUUUCCCAAAUCACCCCCCAUUCAUGUUCACAAAAUACUUGGAAACAAACACAAGAACACAAAAUCUUCUUCAAGACAAGGAUGAGUGAUCAGCUUCAGCCAAUGGUGGAGGGACCACCGGCGGCUGUGUCCGAGGACUCAGAGCGGUACGCGCACCGGUCGAUAGAGACACUGGUGGUGGUUUUAGCAGUGAUCACCAUUGUUGGAGUGAUUGCGGGGAUUGUAGCUCGGCUAUGCGGGGGAAGGCACUUUGGUGGCAACGGAGAGCAUGACAUAGAAGGAUGGGUUGAGAGGAAGUGCAGGAGCUGCAUUGAUGGUGGCAUCCCAACUGCAGCAGCAGCAGCAGCAGAGGAGUCAAAACCAGCACCAGCACCACCACAACCGCCACCAGCAGCAGCAGCAGCGGCAGAAGAGAAGUGAAACAUUCAUGAGAUAACACAUUAAGGGUCGGUGUAAAAAUUGGUUUUGUUGAAGCGGCAAAAAAAAAAAAAAAAAGUCAUUUAGUGCAUU